CAAACCGGGAAUUGGAAAAUAUAGGGCUACAGAGGAAAAUUUGGGAGGAAAUUCAUUUGCAGAGCAACUGAAGAGAGAAGUAGAUCAUAAUUUUGUUAUCCAGCUGUUGAUUGGCUGUGAAGAUCUAGACUUUACGAAUUUUCGGAUGGCUCCGGUUGGUCCAAGAUCUGGAGAUGCAAUUUUCGCUAAUGUUGAACGUGUGAAUGCGGAGUUGUUUAGCUUAACUUAUGGAGCAAUGGUAAGACAACUGCUUACCGAUUUAGAAGAGGUAGAGGAAGUUAACAAACAGCUUGAUCAGAUGGGUUAUAAUAUUGGAAUUCGACUAAUUGACGAGUUUCUUGCAAAAUCCAAUGUUUCUAGCUGUGCUGACUUCAAGGAAUCUGCUGAUGUAAUUGCAAAGGUUGGUUUUAAAAUGUUCUUAGGGGUCACUGCAACUGUGGCCAAUUGGGAUGCUGAUGGAACAAGUUGCAGUCUCAUCCUGGAGGAUAACCCCCUGGUAGACUUUGUUGAGCUUCCUGAUACAUGCCAAGGUCUAUAUUAUUGCAAUGUCCUUAGCGGAGUCAUCAGAGGAGCUUUAGAGAUGGUGUCAAUGAAGACUGAAGUCACAUGGGUUCGUGAUAUGUUGCGUGGAGAUGAUGCAUACGAGUUACGAGUGAAGCUUCUGAAGCAAGUUCCUGAAGAGUACCCGUACAAAGAUGAUGAGUAACUUCUGACGGUAUGCAUUAGUAAUUUCAUUUUCUUGUGCAAUGUUAAAAAAAAAAUGUCUCCAAAUCAUCAGAAGUUUUUAUACUUUUGCUCUUUGCUCGUAAUACACAAACAAGCUCUCUUAGAAACCUUACUAGAAUUGUGGUUUUUGGGUGUUUAACGUCCUACUUUAGUAGCAAACAUCAAUUGUUUCUGUGUCUUUAAAGUCCAUUUGUUUCACUAGAUUUACUGUGUAGGAUUGAACCAGAUCAGUUGAUAAAAGUUCUUGCUAUUGCUGAAA